GACCACAGAGUGAUUCCGCUACUUGCAGGGUGCUAGUAAAUAGUACAACUGUCACGAGUUAUUUUCGCAAAGAUAAAUCGAACGAGCUCCAACAACUUAGGUACGUUAGCUACGGUCAGCACUGUAACAAGACGAAAGGCUGUUCAUCGACUCUACAGUGAAGAAGAGACACGAGAAAAUAACAUCACAUUGCUUGAUCGUCGAUUCAAAGAAUGUAGUACAAGGAGUAUAUAAAUUUGUAGAUUAGCAUUAAAGAAUAGAAAGACCAGAGUGAGAAAGUGUUAUCGCGAGUGCAGUGUGUUUCAAGCCCACAAACCGCCACGUCCGAGAUUGAUCUGAUAAGAGCUGCAGACAGUGUUUGCGGUUGCGACGGUAACGGUUCAACUGUUUUUCAAGACCCAAUAUAAAGUCGUUAUCACCAUAUCACCGUUAUUGGGAUUUCAGAUAUAUCAACACAAUACUUACCUCCAAAAUAAGCAAAAAGAUACUAGUUAGAAGUGCUACAGUGUGUAUACUGUCACACAACUGACAAGUAAAAAAAAGCUAUCGCUGCUCUGACGGUCCCUUCGAAACAUUGUUAAAGAAAUUAAAAGAGUAAACAAGAGGAUAAGGUUAGAAAGCUCUGUUAAAGUGUGUCGCUCAUGCGCUUCGUUCGCGUUUUGGUCGCAUAAAAAAAAAAAAAAAACAAAAAAAAAACACCACAGAUAGGUAUAUAUUGUAUAGUAAUAUCGAAGCGUUUUCUCUCUCCCAUCAUCACCACCCGUCGACGACGAUGGCUAUCCCUCUCCAGCCGCUCCUGGCGCUUCGUGGCACAACUGCGGUGCGGCUCCACUCUACUCGAACGCUCCUACUCGCCUCCACCUGUUUUUCCACCUCCUCCUCCUCCUCUUCCUCCUUGUCGAGGUCGUCGUCAACGUUUCGCAAGUACAACAAUCAACAGCAGUCGCUUGCUGCACCGGCAUCGCAACAUUUGGUCACCAUCAGGCAUUUCAGCGCGUCUUCUGCUACCAUGGCCAAAAUAAAGGCAGGACCGGUCGUCGACAUCCUCGGCGACGAGAUGACCCGAAUAAUAUGGGACGACAUCAAGAAGAAACUAAUUUUUCCGUUCCUGGACGUUGAAUUGCACACGUACGACCUCGGGAUAGAAAACAGAGACGCCACGGAGGACAAGGUGACGAUCGAGUGCGCCGAGGCCAUAAAAAAGUACAACGUCGGCAUCAAGUGCGCGACAAUAACUCCGGACGAGAACCGCGUCAAGGAGUUCAAGCUGAAAAAAAUGUGGAAGAGCCCGAACGGCACCAUCCGCAACAUCCUCGGUGGCACCGUGUUCCGCGAGGCCAUCAUAUGCAAGAACGUCCCCCGCAUGGUUCCCGGCUGGGAGAAGCCCAUCAUCAUCGGUAGGCACGCCCACGCCGACCAGUACAAGGCCACGGACUUCCUGGUGCCCGGGCCCGGUAAGCUCGAGAUAAGCUGGACCGGGACCAACGGCGAGAAAAUCUCGCACGUGGUGAACGAGUUUAAGGGCCCGGGUAUCGCCCAGGCCCAGUACAACACCGACGAGAGCAUCCGCGACUUUGCCCACAGCUCCUUCAAGUACGCCCUCGCCAGGAAGUAUCCGCUCUACCUCUCCACCAAGAACACGAUACUCAAGAAGUACGACGGCCGCUUCAAGAACAUCUUCGAGGAGAUCUACGAAACCGAGUACAAGAGCAAAUUCGAGGCGAUAGGCCAGUGGUACGAGCACCGGUUGAUCGACGACAUGGUCGCCUACUGCAUGAAGUCCAAUGGGGGCUACGUCUGGGCCUGCAAGAACUACGACGGUGACGUGCAGUCGGACUCGGUGGCUCAGGGGUACGGCUCUCUGGGCAUGAUGACCUCGGUGCUCAUCUGCCCAGACGGUAAGACGGUCGAGGCCGAGGCUGCUCACGGCACCGUCACGCGCCACUACCGUAUGCACCAGCAGGGCAAGGAGACCUCGACCAACUCGAUCGCCUCGAUCUUCGCUUGGACCCAGGGUCUGCUGCACAGGGCCAAGCUCGACGGGAACGAGCCUCUCAGGAAGUUUGCCGACGGCCUUGAGAAAGCUUGCAUCGGUACAGUCGAGUCCGGCUUCAUGACCAAGGACCUCGUCCUCUGCAUGAAGAAGCUCGAGGACAUCAAGAGGACCGACUACUUGAAUACGUUCGAGUUCAUCGACAAAGUGGCCGAGAACCUCAAAAAGAGCCUCGGGGCGUGACUUUUCAGUCUCGAGAGCAAGGAUUUCGUCGUCAUGCAAGCCAAGUAUUGAAUAUUGUGACCUCGAAACGAGCUGGUUGUCGCGAAGAAACGCACGAAUGCUCGAUGAGGUCAAAGGGAGUUUAUAUAAUAUGGUUAAAGUACAUGAUAUAAAUUUGAUACAUUGUCACGAGGAUUUUUAUUGGCGCUGAGGGACGUAUUAAAGCCUUGGAUGAUAAAAACAGUGAGUUUAGGAAACUGCCAGUGCAUUUACGUUAUAAAACGUUACUCAUCAUGAAAUUGAGCAUUUUUAAUAUACACACAAAUACUAUAUUUAUGUAGAUGUAAAAAAAGAAUGUUUAUGAUAUUAAAAAAUUAAAU